AUGAAUAAGGUCAAGAUAUUAGUGGCAUAUUGGGCACAUUAUAUCAACAACACAGAUCAGUAUCUGAAGUCUCUUCUCUACUCCAAUACCCUAUGCUCUUCCUCAAAGUACAACAAAUGUUCUGGCAAAGUUGAGAUCAAAUACUACAUGGUGCCUGGAUUUAAUUUGACUGGACCUGCUAAUCUGAAUGGAACAAGCACUGGAAAUAUUUAUCCGGGCUUUACUAGAGUCAACCAUGGAAAAUACACAGUUAGCGAUGUGCGAGCCCACAUUGGAACCAGCAAUCUGAUAUGGGAUUAUUUCUAUACGACAGCGGGUGUCAGCUUCGGGACAUACAAUCCUGCCAUUAUUUUGCAACUUCAAGAAAUCUUUGAUGCUGAUUGGAAUUCACCAUAUGCUGUUCCAGUUGAAUCAUUGGAGGAAGCUCGUGCUUAUUCAAGUUGA